AUUUUUCAAUGUCUCGCGUUUUUGUGAAACAAUAUUGAUGCUGUGUAAACGAUUGCAAGAUUACGCGAAAUCUCGCCAGUUACUCAGCGUUUUUACGUACCACCGUAUAUAUGCCGAGUCUUAAGAAGAGUCUUUCUGAUUGGUCCAUUGGUUACAUUAGUCAGCUAUUUGUGCUCAUUCAUUGGCUUAUAUAAAGAAGAGACUAUCAAAAUUAUCAGUUACUGUCAGUGGCUCUAAAAGUGACGGUCGGUAAUCGAGUGAUAAGUGAUUGUGUUUUUAUGUAUGAAAGUCAUUCAUAUUAAUCAUUCCAUACAUUAUUGAUCUACGUCACAGUUUAAGUUCUUCAAAAUCGAUCACACAUCUGAUAUCAUCAUCUUAAUAAAUAAUUAUACUUCAUAUUUGUGAAGUUAAUCACCUUUCACAAAGAGUGAAAUAUUAUAAUACAAGUAAUAAUCAAAUGCAGUGAAGUGAUUGUUAUAAUUUUUUUUUAAUGAAUCAGAUACACUUUGACAUUUUAUAAUUGGACAUAAAAUAAAAUAUAAUAUAACAUCAAAAAUAAAAUAUAACAUCAUAAGAGUGCUAUUCUGUACAUACUACCGGCGUUCCAGGAAUAUAUUUGAAAAUUUAAAGAUUAAUCAAAACAUAGUUUAGUUGGAAAAAAAAUGCAUGGAGACAAGCAAGCAAUAAUGAAAUUGCCCAUCUUGCUAGAUGUUUCAAAAAACGAAUUGGAAGACUUAAUAGAGAAAGCAAAGGAUUGGGCUCUCAUGAAUGGGAUGUGUUUGAGAUCAAAAAUAAAUUUUAACAGAGAUGUUUUGCAGUUUGCACCAUUUGUGCUUUUUCCAUCACCGUUCCCACGAGAAGAAUUUCAAAAUGCUUGUGACAUUCAGAUUACUUUAAACAUACUUAUACACAGAGUAGCUCAUGAUUAUGAUUUUUUGAAAGAGACUUUGGAAGAAACUAUAAAAGUUGAUGACUUCACCAGGAACUUAUUUGAUAUUUAUGAAACUAUUCAUAAGGAAGGGGCUGCUCAGAAAAUAUCUCUUGGUAUAUUACGCUCAGAUUUAAUGUUAGAUACCAGUUGUCCAAAGAAAGACAAUAAGAAACUCAAGCCUCACUGCUGUUGGAAACAGGUUGAGAUAAAUACAAUUGCUUCGGGAUUUGGUUGGCUAGGACCCGCAUCUACGCAGUUACACAAGUUUAUUUUGCAAGAAAUUGGUUAUACAGCCGAAUUGAGCAAUCUUCCUGAAAAUAAUGCGUUACAAACGCUGUGUUUAGGCAUGAUAGAAGCAUGGAAAUUAUAUGACAAUCCACAAGCUGUUAUUUUAUUUGUUAUUGAAGAUAUUACAUAUAAUAUCUGCGAUCAACGUUUUCACGAAUUUGAAAUACGAGAACAGAAUCCAAAUGUGAAAGUGAUUCGCAGAAAUUUGACGCAAUUAGCAGACACUGCUAGACUAGGCUCUAAUAUGGAGCUAAUAGUGAAUGAUUAUAUUGUGUCUGUAGUCUACUACAGGUGUGGCUAUGAGCCUGGUCAAUAUCACACUAAAAAAGAGUGGGAUGUGAGAUUGCUAAUUGAGAGAUCAUUGGCAAUUAAAUGUCCAAGCAUUCAGUACCACUUGGCUGGUACCAAGAAGAUUCAACAAACUCUUGCAAAACCUGGUAUGGUUGCACGUUUUUUAAAGGAUGAAAAAACGGUGGCAAAAGUUAAAGAAAUAUUUACUGGACUAUAUCCACUGGACUUUGACGAAUAUGGUAAUACUGCUGUAGAAAUGGGAAUCUCGGAUCCCCAGCGUUUCGUGUUAAAACCACAGCGAGAAGGUGGUUGCAACAAUUUAUAUGGGACGGAUAUCAAGAACUUUUUAGAAUCUGUGAAAUCUGAACAGGCUCGAGUAGCUUGGAUUCUCAUGGAUCGAAUUAAUCCGCCGGUGCAUAAAAACUACGUCGUGAAACCUGGAACUAAUGUGGAUUUAGAUACGAAAGAGUUAGUCUCGGAAUUAGGCAUAUUCGGUGUUAUUAUCGGAGACGAUAAAAAUAUUAUUGUCAAUAAACAGGGUGGUCAUAUGUUAAGAACGAAAUUAGCUAUCGAUAACGAAGGCGGUGUGGCGACCGGCCUAGCCUUGCCAGACGUUAUAUAUGCGGUAGCAAAAUAUGAAGUGGGAGAUGAACCACGAGAGAUCUUUUUCUUUCGAGAGGGUAGCAUUGUUAUGUGGAAUAUUUCCGAUCUCGAGUGUAGCAACCUAUUGCAAUUUUUGAGAAAUUAUGAGCAGAAUCGUUACAUGAAAGAGCUGAUUCAUACUGAAACCGAGUUGAUGCAUUACACUUAUUCCGAUUCCGGGAAAAAAAGUCACUUGAAGGACGGCGAUAUCUUCUUGGCGCAAGAAGCUAGAAACUUGGACAAGUUGGACAAGUAUACAUUUUCUAAUGCCAUGGCGCAAUCUGUCAAAUUAGGCAUAUGGGAGGCAUCGUUGAAUCGUUAUGUCAAUUCAAUCGAAUUCGUCACGGAAGAUCUGAAAGCCGGAAGGAAGCUCCAGAUGACGCAACAGGAAGUGUUGAGAAAACAGGGUGAAUUAUUCGCUCUCAGACAUCGGAUUAAUCUGAGUUCGGAUCUGUUGGAUACACCUGAUUUCUACUGGGAACGAGAUGAUCUGGAAAAUUUAUAUCAACAAAUAUGCGGAUACUUUAGCAUCACAAAACGUACGAGAGUAAUAAAUGAGAGAUUAAAUCACUGUGUGGAACUAGUGAGCAUUUUAUCGUCGCAUUUGAGUGAUCGUCAUCACGUCCGUUUGGAGUGGAUGAUUAUCAUUCUUAUCAUGGUGGAAGUCGCUUUCGAAGUUUUGCAUUACAUCGAUCGGUAUCUUGUAAAAUAGCCAUCUAGCAACGACAGAUAGGCGGCACUUACGUGUUAUACACAAGCCAAGUAAUGUAGGUGUAAUUAAACAUUUAUUAUUUCGCUAAUAUAUAUUAGACAUGUUACAACUUGAAAAUAAUGCUUGUUUACAACUCGCAUUCUAAAAUAUCAAUCGAUUGUUCCUAUA